AUGAGUACCGAUCAAGAACGUGCGAAUAAAACGAUCCGUGUGGGAUCGCGGAAAAGUGAGCUGGCUCUCACACAAACGAAGCAUGUAAUCUCUCUGCUCCAGAAGCUCAAUCCGGAUGUGGUGUAUGAAAUUCAUACAAUGACAACGGUGGGCGAUCGAGUGCUGAACAAAUCACUGCCAAAAAUCGGCGAAAAGUCCCUCUUCACGAAGGACCUUGAGGAUGCGUUGCGGACCGGUGGCGUAGACUUUGUAGUACACUCGCUGAAAGAUUUGCCCACUUCGCUACCGUUGGGUAUGGCGAUCGGGGCCGUACUGGAGCGGGAAGAUCCACGGGAUGCACUCGUGCUGAACGAACGUCAUCGUGGCUGCACGUUAGCUACACUGCCCCAUGGUUCAAUCGUCGGUACAUCAUCUUUAAGACGAUCGGCGCAACUGGCCCGUUUCUAUACCCAUCUGUCGGUGUGCGAUAUUCGGGGGAACUUAAAUACGCGGCUGGCAAAGCUCGAUGCCGAUACGUCCAAGUUUGCUGGUAUCAUUCUCGCCCAGGCCGGUCUCGUGCGGAUGGGUUGGAACAAACGUAUCGAUCAGAUAAUUGAACCGCACGAAAUUUUGUACGCGGUCGGGCAGGGAGCACUGGCCGUCGAGUGCCGAUCGAACGAUGACUAUAUACUGGACAUGCUGGGGAAGUUGUGUCAUCUGGAGACGCAAUGCAGGAUACUGACGGAGCGAAGCUUCCUGAAGACACUCGGCGGUGGAUGUAGCGCCCCGGUAGCGGUCCGGACGGAUCUGAAGCGUGGCUGGAAAAGUGGUGGUACGGAUGGGGAACAGCAAGAACCGGGACGAAAGCGUGCCUCGCAGGACGGUUUGGAAGAGGAUGAUGAAACAUUCCAGCUAGUGGUAGAGGGUGCUGUCUGGAGUUUGGACGGGAAAACUGAAAUUCGGACCAACGGUGAUUGUACGCUCGAACUGGCCGAAAGUCGACCGAAUUUCGAGUGCAAAAAUAUUAUUCCAGGUGUGGAUGAUGACGACGAUGCGAAGCAUCGUGCGAAAAAGCGUAGACCGGUGAGCUCGUCCAGUUCGGUAGAAGGAGAUCGUGAAAGUACGAUCGAGUCCGAACAUCAACAGCGCAAGAAGAGUCCGGAAAUCAUUCGUGACAACGAAAUUCUGAUACCCGGUUGCUCCAAAGAUGGUGGAGCUCGUAUGGAUCUGACCAAGUUCAUCGAUAUUCAUGGAGAGUUGUUUAAGAAGUGUCCUUAUUCGUCCGAGCUAACGAAAAUGGUAACGGGGGCGAAAGGAUCGGAUCGCAAUGGAAAUGAACAGAAGGAUGGUACGUUCGAUAUAGGCAAAACUGAAAAUGAUGAGGAUAAAACUACGAACGAAACGAAACCUCUAUGUCCAAGCGCACGCUUUCCCGUCGGACAAGAAGUGAUGGGUGAUUGUCCGUUUGUUAGUACUGAAGAGAAGGUGGAUUUAGGAGGAAGCAUUGCUGUUGGUUUGGUGUGUCCGGUUACCGGUAACAAACAGCAGGAGCAUGACAAAAAUGGAGACACUCAAAAUGGUGCCAACGGGAAGAAGCCGGAACCAAACGCUGCUGGUAUACAAUCGCUGGCAGAUAAAUGUCCUUUCCUAGCUUCGGCUAAGGUGCUUGACUACAAUGAAAAUCUCGACCAGCGUCAGAUUGUCGAACCGAAGCUUAAGGAUGACAGUGAACAUCUGUUCUGCGGGAUGCACCGACAUGCGUACAUCCAGCGUGAAGUGUUCGAACGGUGCGAGAAGUUGGGUUACGAUCUUGCCCAUAACCUGAUUGCGAAAGGUGCACUCGCGGUGAUGAAGUGCGCCCAGAACGAGAUCCACUCGAAGCUAACUUAA